UCGCCAUCGAAACCACAUUCAUCGGUAAAGGAAGAGCGUUUUGCCUGUGAAAUUUGCGGUCAGGAAUGCGGUAAUCGAGAGAUUUUGCAUCAGCAUCUGUUGCAACAUACGCUUGGUGGACUUCUACCGCCGAAUUUGCCGUUCAAUUUGCUACAGCUCAGCGCUCUUCAGGCCACCCAACCAACACAUCCGCCGGCCGGCAGCAGCAGCAGCGAUGUGGAACUUGGGGCCAGUAGCAGUUCAUCGAUAAUAAUCACACCACCGACACGUCCAACGAAAAAGCAAUCGAAUACGUCGGGGAAAAACUAUUGCGAUGUGUGCAAUAAAGAGGUGUGCAACAAGUAUUUUUUGCGAACACAUAUGCUCAAAAUGCAUGGUAUUGUGAUCGAUGAAAAUAAACUGGUAAUCGCCAAUAUCGAUACAAAUGAAAGGGAAAAAGAUGGGUCAAUCGCUUUUCGGUAA